CUAUCAUAUUGGGGGGAAGCGGCUCUCAUUGCCGCCUUCCUCAUCAAUUGUCUUCUUACCCAGGUUCUUUGCAAACAAACUCCUCUUCAGGUUUUGUUCGGGUUCCAAUCUUCUGUGUUCUCCAUUCCUCCCAAAACCUUUGGGUGUGUGUGCUUUGUUCAUAACCAUUCUCCUACCUGUGGUAAGUUGGAUCCUCGGUCUCUUUGGUGUGUUUUCUUAGGUUACUCCGCCACCUAAAAGGGUUACAAGUGUUAUCAUCCUCCCUCUCGGAAAUGGUUCGUCUCUAUGGAUGUGUCUUUCUUUGAAUCUCAGUCCUACUUCUUGUCGCUCCGGUGUCCCAGUCAUCUCUCAAGGAGAGCCUUAAGCGACUCCUGUAUCACUACCAGCUAUUGAGACUUCUGUAUCAGUACCAUCAGCCAUUGAGAAUGUUGAGACUAUUAUUAUUGGUGAUCCAACUUGAGAAUGUUGCCUCUCAAUCCGCAGUGAAAGACAACAAAGUGUAUGUUAGGGACAAUGAUAGACAGAAAGUUACUUGGGUACAAGAGACCAAUUCGGAUUCUCCACUUCUAUCUUCUACUUCUGAUGAGUGUCCAGAAUCCUCUCCUUCUGAUGAACUUCCAGUCAAUGAUUUACAUGCCUCUGUUGGAGCACUUUGCUUGCUUGAUGUUUCAAGGAGUUGCAUGUUUUGGAAGUGCGUUAGCCAAGGUUGCUGCAAACAGGGAACUUCCAUUGGGAUUGCGCCAGCUAGCAGCUGUCCUUCUAAAGCAGUUCAUUAAGAAACACUGGCAGGAGGAUGAGGAGACAUUUGAACAUCCUGUUGUUUCAAGUGAAGAAAAGGCAGCCAUACGUAGAAUUCUAUUAUUGUUGUUGGAUGACUCUCAAAGAAAAAUUUGUACGGCAGUUAGUAUGGCUGUGGCAUCCAUUGCGCAUUAUGAUUGGCCCGAGGAUUGGCCUGACUUAAUGCCACUCCUCCUAAAGUUGAUAAGUGAUCAAACUAAUAUUAAUGGAGUGCACGGGGCUUUAAGAUGCUUGGCUCUUCUCUCAGGGGACUUGGAUGAUACGGUGGUGCCAACACUAGUGCCUGUUUUAUUCCCAUGCUUACAUACUAUUGUGUCAUCACCUCAGAUCUAUGACAAAACUUUGCGAGCAAAGGCUCUUUCAAUAGUUUAUUCUUGCACUGCUAUGCUGGGGGCAAUGAGUGGUGUGUAUAAGACAGAAACCAGUGCACUAAUAUCGCCAAUGGUUGCAACAUGGAUGGAUCAGUUCUCUAUUAUCAUGGAACCUCCAGUUCAAUCUGAAGAUCCUGAUGACUGGAGCAUCAGAAUGGAGGUUUUGAAGUGCUUGAAUCAAUUUGUUCAGAAUUUCCCGAGCCUCACAGAAAUGCAAUUCAUGGUUGUUAUGGGUCCGUUGUGGCAGACAUUUGUAUCAUCUCUUAGAGUAUAUGAGCGAUCAGCAAUUGAGGGUACAGAAGAUUCCUAUGAAGGGAGAUACGAUUCUGAUGGUGCAGAGCAAAGUCUUGAGUCCUUUGUUAUCCAGCUUUUUGAGUUUCUAUUGAUCAUUGUGGGUAGCGCAAAACUUGUAAAGGUUGUUGCCAAUAAUAUUAAAGAGCUGGCAUAUUAUACUAUUGCUUUUCUGCAGAUGACAGAACAACAGGUUCAUACUUGGUCGCUGGAUGCUAACCAAUAUGUGGCUGAUGAAGAUGACAAUACUUAUAGUUGUCGUAUUUCUGGUGCUCUUUUACUGGAAGAGGUUAUUAACUCUUGUGGUAUAGAGGCUAUUGAUGCUAUAAUUGAUGCUGCAAAAAAUCGAUUCGCUGAGUCUCAACAAGCAAAAGUUGCUGGUUCUGCUGCCUGGUGGAGAAUGAGGGAGGCUACACUUUAUGGUUUGGCUUCUCUAUCAGAUCAGUUGCUUGAAGCAGAGGUGUCUGAACAUACUAGGACCAAUUUAGGAAACCUUUUUGAGCAAAUAAUUGCCGAAGAUGCGGGAACAGUUGGUUGUAUUGCCUAUUGCGCAGGGGUUCAUGAAUAUCCCUUUCUGUUUGCACGCGUGUUUUCAUCAGUCGCUAAGUUCUCCUCUGUGAUCAGUCGUGGGGUUGUUGAGCAUAUUCUUUAUGCUGCUAUUAAGGCAAUUGGCAUGGAUGUGCCCCCACCAGUGAAAGUUGGUGCCUGUCGUGCACUUUCUCAGCUCUUACCUGAUGCAAACAAGGGAAUGCUGCAGCCUCAUAUAAUGGGUUUAUUUUCGUCACUUGCAGAUCUUCUUAAUCAAGCAUCUGAUGAAACCAUGCAUCUGGUACUUGAAACACUACAAGCAGCAAUAAAGGCAGAUGAUGAAGCACCAACAUCUAUAGAGCCAGUUAUCUCUCCAAUCAUUCUUAACUUGUGGGCAUCACAUGUUUCAGACCCUUUCAUUAGCAUUGAUGCUGUUGAGGUUCUGGAGGCAAUAAAAAAUGCUCCUGGUUGUAUUCAACCCCUUGUUUCUCGAAUUCUACCUUAUAUUGGACCAAUCCUAAAUAAACCCCAACGGCAACCUGAUGGUUUAGUUGCUGGUGCAUUGGAUCUUUUGACAAUGUUACUGAAGAAUUCGCCUAGUGAUGUGGUGAAAGCUGUAUAUGAGACUUGUUUUGACUCGGUUAUCAGGAUAGUCCUUCAAACAGAUGAUCAUAGCGAAAUGCAGAAUGCAACAGAGUGCUUAGCUUCUCUUUUAUCGGUUGGAAAAAAAGAAGUGCUUGCUUGGGGUGGUAAUCCUGGAUUUACGAUGAAAAGUUUGCUAGAUGUGGCUUCAAGGCUUCUAGACCCUGAUUUGGAAAGCUCUGGAUCACUUUUUGUUGGAAGCUACAUUCUCCAACUUAUUUUGCAUCUGCCCUCACAGAUGGCACCGCAUAUCAGAGUCCUGGUUGCUGCUCUUGUCAGGCGCAUGCAAUCUUCUAAAAUUGCAGGAUUGCGAAGCUCAUUGAUACUUAUUUUUGCUAGAUUGGUCCACAUGAGUGCGCCACAUGUAGAACAAUAUAUUGACUUGCUGAUCUCAGUCCCUGCUGAAGGCCAUAGCAAUUCUUUUGUUUAUGUGAUGUCAGAAUGGACCAAGCAGCAAGGGGAGAUUCAGGGGUCAUACGAAAUUAAAGUCACAACAACUGCAUUGGCUUUAUUGCUAUCAACGAGGCAUAUCGAACUGUGGAAAAUCAAUGUGCAAGGCCAUCUAAUUAAGUCCACUACAGGGAUAACCACUCGCUCAAAGGCUAAAUUAGCUCCAGAUCAAUGGUCAUCAAUGUUGCUUCCUGCAAAGAUAUUGGCUCUAUUGGCGGAUGUGUUGAUUGAGAUUCAAGAACAAGUAUUGGGUGGUGAUGAUGAGGAUAGUGAAUGGGAGGAAGUUCAAGGAGAUUUAGAAGCAGAUCAAGAUUUGCUACAUUCAGCAGCUGCUACAUCAUAUACGAGACCGUCUUAUGAAUAUCUGGAUGCAAUGGCAAAAGCUCUCAAUGAGGACAAAGAUGACGGUGAUGAAGAUGAAUUACUAAGUGAUGCUGACCCCCUUAACGAGAUUAAUUUGGCGAAUUAUCUAUUUGAUUUUUUUGUGAAGUUUUCUCAAAGCGACAAACCAUUGUUUGAUCAUCUUUGUCAGAGUUUGACAAAGCCUCAGCAAAAUGCUGUUCUAAUGGUGCUAAAUCGGUGAAGAUUUUGAUUGCUGUUCUGAGUGUUGUUUGUCAGCGUGCAAAAUUUUGGCUGAUUUGACUAAAAAAGUGACCUUGUUUUUCUUGCCGAAUCUACUCCUAUUUGAGUUUGUAAAGCUGAGUUGUCGAUCAUUGCUUUUGUUUGGUUGUCUUUGUUUUAGUUUUGUUAGUAGGAGCUUUCAGUUACUGUUUACAAUCAAGUAGCUUGAUAUCCAAAUGAUUGGUUAUUCAUGUGUAAAUCAAAAAAAAAAAAAAAAUGAUGUAUGUUGUAAAAGAAAUUGAGUGGGUUCUUAGACAUCUCUCUCUAAUAUUUAUUCAUUGACAAAUGGUUUA